UAUAUGAACAUAUAUGUGGGUAGGCUCCCGUGCUCAAACAGUAAUAAACCAGCAUCCAUACGCAACGGUUGUUUUACUUGCUUCCUUAGUCCGUACACUACACUGUCGACGAGCGGCCAUUGUUACCCACGCGAUAAGAAAAUUAAAGUAACGGUCUCGUGUUAAAAUGUCUUUUAUCGGUAAUCUAAGUGUAUUCGAUCAUAAUAUACAGGAAUGGCCUGUGUUUAAAAAUCGGCUGGAGCAAUUCAUAAAACUUAACGGUAUAAAAGAAGAUAGUAAAGGUGCGUUGCUCAUAACCUAUCUAUCAGAUGAUACCUACCGUCUAGCGAGGAACUUACUACAUCCAAAGGUAGUGGAAGAUGUGAAGUUCGAGGAUCUGGUGCUCAAACUAGACGAGCAUUUUACUCCCAAACGAUGUUUGUUGGCCGAGAGGCAGAAGUUCUACGAGGCGAGGAAGGCUGCCGGCGAGAGCAUCCAGGAGUGGGCGGUGCGCGUGCGCGGGCUGGCCGUGUACUGCGAGUUCGGCACCGCGCUGGACCAGCUGCUGCGCGACAGGUUCGUGCUGGGUCUGAGCGCGGGCGCCGAGCGCGACCGCCUGUUCGAGGUGGAUGCGGAGAAACUGACGUUCGCGAAGGCUCAGGAGGUGGCGCAGCAGGCGGCGAGUGCCCGGCAGGCGCGCGCCGCCGCUGUCGUCAAGGAGGAGCCGGUGUACCGGGUGAGCGGCGCGCGGGCCGGGCCCGCCGCGGCGAGCCGAGCUCCAGCUGGAGAUGACACGUGGCGAUGUGCAGUGUGCGGUCUUAAAAAUCAUGACGCGAUAAAGUGCCGGUUUAAAAAUUAUCGCUGUCAAGUGUGUGGUGUUAGAGGGCACCUUAGAAAAGUGUGUAAAAGUGCGAAAAAUGCAAGUCAUUCGCGAGUGCAUAAUCUGGAUACGGAACCAGCAGAGGUCGGUGACUGUAAUGACGGUUACGAAUGCAAAGAAUGUAACGUUUUUAAUAUGAGGUUUUCUGAAUAGUGUGGGAGGAGUGAUAUAUAUGAACAUAUAUGUGGGUAGGCUCCCGUGCUCAAACAGUAAUAAACCAGCAUCC